AUGUCUUUUAUAUCUGCUCAAGGGCCUUUUCCGGCUCCCGGGCUUGCUGCGCGGCUGAGGUUGCCGACUCGUCCCCAUGGCUGCUGCGCCGGAGCCCGGGGAGCCCGGGAAGCGGAAGGUAGAAUUAGAAGAUCAUGUGAUGUUGGAGUAGGAGGAUUUAUCUUGGUGACUUUAGGAUGCUGGUUCCACUGUAGGUAUAAUUAUGCAAAGCUGAGAAUCCAGCAAAGAAUUGCCAGAGAAGGAAUUAAAAAUAAGAUAUUAUAUGAAAGCACCCACCUUGAUCCUGAAAGAAAACCAACCAAUGGCAACCACAGCAACUGAGCAUUCUUGAGUGUAGAAAACCAAAAUACAACUCCCUGAAGUCAGUGUGAACAAAGCUAAGACCAACCAGAUAAAGCAUUCUGUGUACAUUAAGAAAGCUCUUAAUCAAGUAAAUAAAAA